UCACUAAUCAGAAAUUAUAAAAUACAAAUUAAACAUGAUUUGCUCAAUGAAAGUUAAGAAAAAUAAUAAUUAUUUGACAUCUUAUAGUGCGGCUCAUAAAUUGAUACCUAACGUACCGUUCGAGAGCAAUGUAUCGUCACUGGACCCAGGAAUUGAAUCGAAACCCAAUAUUCCGGAAUUAAAACAAUGGAAUUAUGACACCUCAACAAAUGUUCAUCAUGGUUUUAAAAUUAAUGCAAUGGACCCUAUUCAGAAAUCUAUAAAAUUAAAUGUUAACCAAACACUGUACAUGAUGCCUCAGUUCGAAAAAUAUUUGUCAAAUCCUCCAAAACUGAUGUACAUACCACCAACUGAAUACAAUGAUAAAUAUAUACAACCAAAAUUGAUAUCAAAUAUCAAACAAUUACCAGCAACAAUGAUUUGUGGUCAAACAACACCGGUUGCUCAAAAACUUCUUGACACAAUGGAAACACUAAAAGUUAGUGAUGCAGGAGCAAUUAGAAAAGUAGACCCAUAUGUUAGUACUCAGAAAUUAGAUUACAUUGAAAUAAAUCCAGAUACAGCAAAACAAUUAAAUUCUAAACAUUCAAAAUUAAAACACAUUAAACCAGCAUACGAGCCAUUUUAUGACGAACCAAUAUUCAAUCGGCAUAAUACUAUACGUUUACUCCCUAACACUUUAAAACACGUUCCACACAACGCUCUCAUAUCUGAGAUGAGAGCAUCAUAUAAAAUACCAUUUCAUACAUCAACAUUAGUGAAUACUGUUGAAAUGCCAAUAUCCAUUUCAAGGAAUUUAACUUUGUCACAAUUAUUGUCUGUACCUGGGAUGUAUACAAGUGAAUACUCAAAAAUUGGUGGAAAUUAAUAAUAUAAAAAUUAUACAAUAGUAAAAAA